GCUUCCGGUAAGCUAUAAAUCAAUUUGUUUGAGCCUGGGGGAGAGAGAGAGAGAGAGAGCCUCCAUUGUUAUCUUUACUUAAAGAAACUCAUCAAGUUGGAGAAAUAUCCAACCAAAGCGAUUGUGUACCCAAUCAUCUUCUCCUGGUGUUCAUCCAUCUUCAGAAAGAAACUCCUUUCUCUGAACUUGGCUGUUAUUGUUCAUCUCUCUCUCUCUCUCUCUCUCUCUCUCUCUCUCUCUCUCUCUCUCUCUCCGUGUGUGUGAAAAUGGGUAGAAAGUGUUCAAACUGUGGAAGAACGGGGCAUAAUGCAAGGACCUGCAGCCUUUACAGAGGCAAUGUGGCCGGAGGAGUAUGGCUAUUUGGAGUGCAACUCGAGAUAUCUUCUUCUUCUUCAUCAUCAUCAUCAUCUUCCAACAUUGCUAUGGAGAGGAGUUUCAGCAUACAGAGUUUGUAUUCUUCUCCGGCAGCCGCUUCAUCAAAAGCUUCCUCCUGUGAAAAUUCUGAUAAGACUUCUGUUGCCGGUUCUCUCUCCUAUGGCCCCUUGACUGCUGCUCCUCCGCCGGAAAGGAAGAAGGGAGUGCCGUGGACGGAGGAGGAGCACCGGCUGUUCCUGGCCGGGCUCGAAAAACUGGGGAAGGGCGACUGGAGGGGAAUCUCAAGGCUUUUUGUGACCACAAGAACUGCAACCCAAGUGGCCAGCCAUGCUCAGAAGUACUUUCUCCGGCAGGCAAUUAGCCCCUCCAAUAAGAAGCGCCGCUUAAGCCUCUUUGACAUGGACAAGCCCAGAUGGCAACUUAGACCAAUCAAUUCGUCAUCAGAGGUGCAGAGAUCUUCAUCAUCUGCUGCUUCAGCCAUGGCAGGACCUACCAGCAGCAGCAGCAACAUUGCUUCAGAUGCUGCUGCAGUGGUUAAUAAUCUUCCUGAUCUAGAGCUCACACUGGCAGCUCCAAGGCACAGGCGCCCUCUCCUGAUGGGAGCUAUCAGAGUCAUCUGAUGAUUUUGUCCUUAAUUUCACAUCACUCUAUCUACCUAUGCUAUAGUUAAUCAGUCCAUAUAUAUAUAUAUAUAUACAUACACAUAUAUAUUUAUAUCUAUGUGCUUCUUUUAAGUUAAUGAGAAUGUACAAUUUUGCUAAUUAAUUAAUUAUCUAAUGUACAAAACUUAGGUUCGAUGAAUCCUUUGAAUGUGCGAUCUGAUCUAAUUUUGGGUAAUGUCGCAACUGUCAUAAGUUUGAGUUGUGAAAACAGUCUUUAUGGUGUCCUUGAUCGCAGUCUCUCAAAGAAACUUAUGGCCUGUGCUUGACUUGGAGACACCUUUAGAUAGAGUUGGGUAAGUUGCUAAAUUCAUACUCCUUCCGUACCCAAAAACCGUAAUAGAUAAUUGCCACAUGUUUAUACUCCUUCGAUAUGGCCUGUGCUAAUGCUAUAAUAAUUAUCUUAAAAAAAAAAUGUGCCAAUCCUAAUGAGUCUAUGUUUUUGUACAACGUUCCAAUUAGAUCAAUGAGCACACAUAUGUAUCUAUAUAUAUUGAUAAGGGGUCUGUUGAAAUUAUGUUUAUCUAUAAAUCUAUCAUCAAUAUCACUAUUUAGGAGAGUCUAUCAACAUGUGCCACAAUUUCUUAUUAGCCAAGACUGUUAAUUGUGUGACUCAAAAUUGAGUCGGUUAUGACCGUUGGAUCCGAAUUGGUCGUUGGAGACUGCAGCUGCAACAGCUAGCUUCUAGCCAUAGCUAACUUCUUGUAACUAACGAAUCCUAGAGUUCUUUUAUAAAUAGAACCGAGCGUAUGAGAGAAAAGACUACGAAGAAACUAUUGUAUUCUCCUUCUCUAGUGUGUAUCGCUGAUAUUGAGAGAAUUUAAGAAAGCUGGGAGUGCUCGAAUUGAGCUUGUACAUUGGGAAUUCUUGAGAGUUACUGUGAGGUUCUUGUAAUCUAUAUUUUCUUGUCUGUUCUAGUGCAUUGAAUAGGGGAACCCCCCCUGCGGUGAUGUAGGAUUUCUUUAACGGAAUCUGAACACGUUAUUCUUGUCUCCUAUGCGUGAAUGUU